UGACAGAGAGAAAACGGUUCUUAGAUACGCAGACGACAUCACCGAGAUCUGUCUUCAUGGCUAGCCCAGACACCAUCAUCUUCGGCGAGGUCGCUUUCCAGCUAGAACGAGUAGUGCUCUCAAGAGUGUUCCGAGGAGGAUCAAAGCAAUUAACCGGUUAUACUUUGUCCAACAUGGAAAAGAUGAUUCAGAGUCACUAUGACAACCAUGAGCGACCCAUGCUCGGGAGACAGUUAGACGAGAUCGAAGGUGAAUUGCAUAUGUGUGGAUGGGAUCGUGACUAUCAUCCGGGACUCGUCGCCCAUCUCAUCAAGAAAUUCGGGACUUUCCCUACAAACACCAAAGCAAAGAGCGCGGCUAGAAAGAGAGGUUGGACCGAACCACAGGCCCUAAAAGAAGAAGUGCUAUGGAGGAUCCCCAAGGAAUACAUACAUGACAUGAUCAUCAUUCUGGAUUGCUUCUUCUAUCUUAGCGAGAAAUACAACAUCUCUCUCUUUACAUGGUGAGGUGAUGGGUCAAAGGUCAGAAUGUGCAUGUCUGAUGUUGAUAUGAACUGAUCAAGAGCAAAGCGACGGGGGAGGUGCCAAGUGACCUUUCAAACACAAGAUCUGUGAUUCUUCCUCCUCUUUCACCUCUAUCGGUCUUUCCUUUCCUUUCUCUUUCCUUUCAUUUCUCUUUCCUCCCUCCUCCCCUCUCUCUUUCAUACAGGGAGGUGCCA